UAAUUCACUUUGAAUUAAACCGGGUCUCCCUUCGCUCCCGGUGGAUCCUCAAUCGAGAGAAAGAAAGAGAGUGUGACGUAACGAUUCUCUCCGGGCGAGUGACACCUAACCUCAACUCUCGUAAAUUGACUCGUUAGCUAAUCAACGAGAAAACGCUGUUCGUAAGUGAAGAAAUCUUGAAUAGUUUACUUUAGUAAUCGUUAAUGGAACGAAGAAGGCAAUAAACUGCGAGCGAUAACAUCGUCGUGUAACUUCGAUGUUCAAAUACCGGUUCACGCAGUAGCGUAUUACGAGGGGGGACGAAGAAAUGUUACCGAGAAAUGUUACGGUGGGGGGUAUCGUUCGCGCGAAAGUAAAUAUGGCAGAGAAAGAGGAUAAUACGUCGAAGAGAGAAGCAGGGGACUGUUACCGUAUAAUAAUUAUCGAGCGAGCGAGUGAAAGGGACUUGUUCGGCCGGUUAAAGUAGUGGGGGAAGGAUUAUGAUGAGCCGGGGUGCCUUCGUGUCGCUUGUAAACUCGUAGUCCUCGUAGUACGUUUAGUACGAAAAGACGCUUCGUGCUGUGACGUCAACUUGUAUUUCAGUCCGGUCGCAUGAAGGAUCGUUUUCGAAACUGUGAUCGCGACCGACAUUCCAUUCUCUCUCUCGCGCGAGUGGACGUGUACGACUCGUGUGCGUGUGUUUCGCCGGUAUUGAGUACUGUAAUUAUCGUGAAUACUCGCAAGAAUCGUUGGUGAUCGUAAGUGUAGCCUGUGUGCAGCAGCAGGUAGUCGGAACGUCGACCGGCGGCCAUUAUUGUUGUCAAGAUGGCGUCGAAAGGGAAGCUAGCGACCGAGCAUGGCCGUUCAGAUUCGUACAGGGUCGCCACGUUACCGAAAAUUCGCGACGACAACAAAACAGCCGAUGGGAUGUACAAGUCGCGGCGGAAGAACCCAAAGCGGAGGACGGACAAUUUAGAUGACCUGAAGCAGGAGUUGGACAUUGAUUUCCACAAAAUCACCCCCGAAGAACUGUAUCAGAGAUUUCAGACGCACCCCGAAAACGGCCUCAGUCAUGCGAAGGCAAGGGAGAAUCUGGAGAGGGAUGGGCCAAACUCGUUAACGCCACCGAAACAGACACCGGAAUGGGUGAAAUUCUGCAAGAAUCUUUUCGGUGGUUUCGCGUUGCUGUUAUGGAUCGGUGCGAUCCUUUGCUUCAUCGCGUACUCGAUCCAGGCGACGACCAGCGAGGACCCGAACGACGACAAUUUGUACCUGGGUAUCGUGUUGGCGGCGGUGGUUAUAGUUACGGGCAUAUUCUCGUAUUACCAGGAGAGCAAAUCAAGCAAAAUCAUGGAAUCGUUCAAGAACAUGGUACCGCAAUUCGCGACGGUGAUCAGAGAAGGCGAGAAACUGACAUUGAGGGCGGAGGAAUUGGUACUCGGCGACGUGGUCGAGGUGAAGUUCGGCGAUCGUAUACCGGCGGACAUAAGGAUCAUCGAAUCGCGUGGAUUCAAAGUGGACAACUCAUCGUUGACCGGUGAAUCCGAACCACAGUCGAGGUCCCCCGAGUUCACGAACGAGAAUCCGUUAGAAACGAAAAAUCUCGCCUUCUUCUCGACGAAUGCCGUUGAAGGCACGGCGAAGGGUGUGGUGAUCUGCUGUGGCGAUCAGACGGUAAUGGGAAGGAUUGCUGGCCUGGCAUCCGGCCUUGACACCGGUGAAACGCCGAUCGCUAAGGAGAUACACCACUUUAUCCAUUUGAUUACCGGCGUUGCAGUGUUCCUCGGUAUAACCUUCUUCUUGAUAGCGUUCAUUCUCGGUUACCAUUGGCUUGAUGCGGUUAUCUUCCUCAUCGGUAUCAUCGUCGCCAACGUACCGGAAGGUUUGCUCGCUACCGUGACCGUGUGCCUGACCCUGACCGCGAAACGAAUGGCCUCGAAGAAUUGUCUGGUUAAGAAUCUCGAGGCUGUCGAAACUUUAGGAUCCACGUCGACCAUUUGCUCGGACAAAACUGGCACACUGACGCAGAACCGGAUGACCGUUGCCCAUAUGUGGUUCGACAACCAGAUCAUCGAGGCUGACACAACGGAGGAUCAGUCUGGAUUACAAUACGACCGUACCAGCCCCGGCUUCAAAGCGUUGGCCAAGAUUGCUACACUCUGUAAUCGUGCCGAGUUCAAACCUGGCCAAGAGAAACAACCGAUCCUACAGAGACAGGUGAACGGUGACGCGUCCGAGGCUGCUCUGUUGAAGUGCAUGGAACUGGCGUUAGGAGACGUGAUGGGUAUCAGGAAACGCAACAAGAAGGUCUGCGAGAUUCCGUUCAACUCUACCAACAAAUACCAGGUGUCCAUCCACGAGUCCGACAAUCCAGAUGACCCCAGACACCUGCUUGUAAUGAAGGGUGCCCCGGAGAGAAUUCUCGACCGAUGCUCCACCAUAUUCAUCGGUGGAAAGGAGAAAGUUCUGGACGAGGAGAUGAAGGAAGCCUUCAACAAUGCUUACCUCGAGCUAGGCGGUCUUGGCGAACGUGUACUCGGCUUCUGUGACUUCACGCUGCCGUCCGAUAAGUUCCCGAUCGGCUACAAGUUCAACUGCGACGAUCCCAACUUCCCGCUCGAAGCACUCCGUUUCGUGGGCCUCAUGUCUAUGAUCGACCCGCCCAGGGCUGCGGUACCCGACGCGGUCGCCAAAUGCCGUUCAGCCGGUAUCAAGGUGAUCAUGGUUACCGGCGAUCACCCGAUCACUGCCAAAGCCAUUGCCAAAUCCGUCGGCAUCAUCUCUGAAGGUAACGAGACUAUCGAGGACAUUGCUCAACGGUUGAACAUCCCAGUGUCCGAAGUGAAUCCCCGCGAGGCCAAGGCCGCCGUGAUUCACGGAACUGAACUCAGGGAACUGAAUUCCGACCAACUGGACGAGAUUCUCAGGUACCACACCGAAAUUGUGUUCGCCCGUACCUCGCCACAGCAGAAGCUCAUCAUCGUCGAAGGCUGUCAACGAAUGGGUGCUAUCGUCGCCGUAACUGGUGAUGGUGUGAACGAUUCGCCCGCGCUGAAGAAGGCCGACAUCGGUGUAGCCAUGGGUAUCGCUGGUUCGGACGUGUCGAAACAAGCAGCCGACAUGAUCCUGCUCGACGACAACUUCGCCUCGAUCGUGACCGGUGUCGAAGAGGGUCGUCUGAUCUUCGACAACCUGAAGAAGUCAAUCGCUUACACCCUGACCUCGAACAUCCCCGAGAUCUCACCCUUCCUGGCGUUUAUCCUUUGCGAUAUACCUCUGCCACUCGGUACCGUCACUAUUCUCUGCAUCGACUUGGGAACUGACAUGGUGCCUGCCAUAUCUCUGGCGUACGAGCACGCCGAAUCGGACAUCAUGAAAAGGCAGCCUCGCGAUCCCAGCAGGGACAACCUCGUCAACGAAAGGCUUAUUUCGAUGGCAUACGGUCAGAUCGGUAUGAUCCAAGCAGCAGCUGGUUUCUUCGUGUACUUCGUAAUCAUGGCUGAGAAUGGAUUCCUUCCUCUGUAUCUUUUCGGUAUCCGAAAACAAUGGGAUUCCAAGGCUAUCAAUGAUCUUCGCGACAGCUACGGCCAAGAAUGGACAUACAAUGAUCGCAAGACACUGGAGUUCACCUGCCACACAGCCUUCUUCGUAUCAAUUGUGAUCGUCCAGUGGGCCGAUUUGAUCGUCUGCAAGACGCGACGUAACUCCAUCAUUCACCAGGGAAUGAGAAACUGGGCCCUGAACUUUGGUCUGGUAUUCGAGACCGCCCUCGCCGCAUUCCUAAGCUACACACCUGGCAUGGACAAGGGUCUCCGCAUGUUCCCUCUCAAAUUCGUCUGGUGGUUACCCGCCCUUCCUUUCAUGCUCGCCAUUUUCAUCUACGACGAGACGAGACGAUUCUACCUCCGCCGGAAUCCAGGAGGCUGGCUCGAGCAAGAAACUUACUAUUAGACGCAAAGAAGAAUUUAAUCAUACACGCAGAGCGCGCGCGCAAGAGUACAGAGCGAGAGUAGCAGUGAGAAUGUUGAGAGAGCGAGAGAAACGUGAGUGAAAGAUAAACGUGAGAGAUAGAGAGGGAGAAAAUGAGAUAUGCAUAUACCCACGCAAAGAGAUAUACACCGAGGGAGAUACUAAUCAGUAAAAACCAAACAAAAUAAAAAAAAAAAAA